AUGGCUCGCCACGGGGAUACUCGCUCACCAUCACCUGUAGGCAGCACGUACUCUUCGUCCAAACGGAGUCGCAGAGAUGAAGAUCGAUAUGAGAGAAGCAGACGAGAUGAUGGACGGAACCAUCGCAGAUCGCGCAGCCCCGACAGGCGAUAUCGUGACCGUGACCGUGACCGUGACCGCGACCAUGACUCCUAUCGAAGACGUGACCGAUCGUUAGACAGACGCAACGAAGACAGCUACCGGCCUAGCCGACGAGAACGGUCCCGAGACCGUCGCCGAUCGCGCGACCGCGAUGACGACCGAGACUACCGUCGUCGAAGCCGUGAUAGGGAUCACCGGAACAGGCGAGAUGACUCCCGCGAUCGGGCUCGAAGGCGGACAGAUGAUUCUGCUGACUUGAAGCACAAGUCCAGACGGGAUGACAGCCGAGAUCGUGCGUCGACCAGGGACGCAGGCCCCAAGUCUAGAGAAGCCUCUAAACCAUCAACACCCGCAUCGUCGACCGCUCCGACAGAUGACGAGAAGAGAGCCGAAAGGUUAGCAAAGCUGGAGGCCUGGAAAGCGAAACAGGCGGCCGAGAAGGAACGGAAACAACGAGAGCUUGCAGCAGCCGGAGGCACACGAAGCAUCUUGGAAGAAAUUGACCGGAAAUCCGGCAUCUCUCCUGCAAUCAGCUCUCCCCAGUCCCCCGCCACUCCUGUUAGCGACGCCACCCCUGCUCCGUAUGCUGGUAAAUUCGAUCCCAAGACGAUUGUGAAGAAUUCAAAUCUAGCUACGUCGGCCACACCCUCCGUGCUGGGGACGGAUGUCACCGUCCCUCAGCCCGUCAAACCGGCCACCUUAUCUACGAACACCACACAGACCCGGGCCAACAAACCUGUAACUUCUGCAGGUGUCUCUUCUGGUAAGCCAUUCCUUAUUUUUUAUUCUCUUGAAAAUACCGCUUACUGUGUUAUAGCUCCUCUGAAAUCACGUGGGAAUUUGAGCGGUUUUGGUCUCGGAACCAAACAGACUGUGGAUGCCGAGAAAUCGACUACGUCUCGUACACUGGGAUUCGGCGAAGAGGAGUCCACACGGAAGAAAUUAGAGAGACUGCCCACCCCUCCGCUCGAAGACUCAAAGGAUAUAACCAAUGCCACUGAUGCAAAUGCCGGCGGCGGCGGCGACGACGACGACGACAAUGAUGAUGAUGACGACGAUGUCGACAUGCAAGACGGCGGUAAUGAAGAAGAAGAUGCGGCAGCCGCGCGAGCAGCUGCCGAGAGACGGGAGGAGCGUCUUCAGAAUCAGAAUCUUCAGUCUCAAGAUGAUAUCGCGAUGACUGAUGCACCAAAGGACCAAGUCGACCCCAACGCAAUGGAGGUCGAACCCGCGCCGGAAGAAGAAGAAGAGGAAGAAGAGGAAGAAAUUGAUCCUCUGGAUGCGUUCAUGUCGGAACUCACGGAGCCUGCGGCUGGCAGGAAGCUCAAAGGCGCUUCGUUCGCGCGGACUAAACAGCAGGAACCGCAAGCCAUGUUUGGUGACGAGGACGACAUUAACGUUACCGCGGUUGGAGACGGGGAUGCAGAAGACUUCUUGGCAAUUGCUAAUAAGACUCGCAAGAAGAAAGACAUCCCUUCCGUGCAUCAUGAAACGGUCGAAUACGAGCCGUUCCGCAAAGGGUUCUACACAGAGCCUCUAGAACUGGCUCAAAUGUCCGAAGAAGAGACUUUGAGUCUACGGCUGGAGCUGGACGGGAUCAAAGUUCGGGGUAUCGACGUUCCGAAACCUGUCCAAAAGUGGUCUCACUGCGGAAUGGGCGUUCAAACACUCGAUGUAAUCCGAAAACUGAACUACGAAAGCCCGACUUCGAUCCAGGCGCAGGCGCUCCCAGCGAUCAUGUCCGGGCGGGAUGUGAUUGGUGUUGCGAAGACCGGGUCUGGCAAGACAAUCGCGUUCCUCAUCCCCAUGUUUCGCCACAUCAAAGACCAAAGGCCGUUGGACCAUAUGGAAGGGCCCAUCAGUUUGAUCAUGGCGCCUACUCGAGAAUUGGCCACCCAGAUCCACAAAGACUGCAAGCCGUUUUUGAAAGCGUUGAACCUCCGUGCUGUCUGUGCGUACGGCGGGGCCCCGAUCAAGGAUCAGAUCGCCGAGCUCAAACGCGGUGCUGAGAUCGUGGUCUGCACACCGGGUCGUAUGAUCGAUCUUCUGGCGGCAAACCAAGGCCGAGUGACCAAUCUCCGACGGGUGACUUACGUGGUUCUUGACGAAGCCGAUCGAAUGUUCGACAUGGGUUUUGAGCCGCAGGUCAUGAAGAUCCUGGCCAACAUCCGGCCCGAUCGCCAGACGGUCUUGUUCUCUGCCACCUUCCCGCGCAACAUGGAAGCCCUUGCUCGCAAGACUUUGACCAAGCCGGUCGAGAUUGUGGUCGGUGGCAAGAGUAUGGUCGCGCCGGAGAUCACGCAGAUCGUGGAGGUUCGCAAUGAAGACACAAAGUUCGUCCGUCUUCUUGAGCUGCUGGGCAAUCUGUACUCGGACGAUGCGAACGAGGAUGCCCGAGCCUUGGUGUUUGUAGACCGGCAGGAAUCGGCCGACACUCUCUUGCAAGAAUUGAUGCGCAAGGGUUACCCAUGCAUGUCGAUCCACGGAGGCAAAGACCAGAUCGAUCGGGACUCGACCAUUGAGGAAUUCAAGGCCGGCAUUUUCCCCGUGCUGAUUGCGACGUCUGUGGCGGCGCGCGGUCUCGACGUGAAGCAGUUGAAGCUCGUCGUCAACUACGACGCACCCAACCAUCUAGAAGAUUACGUCCAUCGUGCGGGGCGAACGGGACGGGCGGGCAACACCGGCACGGCGGUGACGUUCUUGACGGACGAGCAGGAGCGGUACUCGGUCGACAUUGCCAAGGCCCUCAAACAGAGCGGGCAAUCCGUGCCAGACCCGGUUCAGAAGCUUGUGGACUCCUUCCUGGAGAAGGUCAAGGCAGGGAAGGAGAAAGCCAGCGGGUCCGGAUUCGGCGGCAAAGGGUUGGAACGACUGGACCAGGAGCGCGAUGCGGCGCGCAUGCGCGAACGACGCACCUACAAGACGGGCGAGGAGGGCGAGGAAGAGGAGGAGAAGGAGGACAAGGCCGACAAGACGGAAGAGCGCUUCGCCAAGGCGGUAUCCUCCAUGCAAAGCGCCGGCACCGCCAGCAUCACGCUCCCUGGUGUCCCCAAGGGCAUCGAUCUGGAUGGCAAGAUCACCGUGCAUCGGACCGAGAAAGAGAACCCGCUGGGCAAGAACCCUCUGGACAAGGUCGGCUCUGCUGUGGCGGAUAUCCAUGCGCGCCUGAGUCGUGCGGGCGUCAUGCGGUCCGGCGUUCCUAUCGACAACCGCGGUCCAGACGCGGGAGCAUUCCAUGCUACCCUGGAGAUCAACGACUUUCCUCAAAAAGCCAGAUGGGCGGUCACGAACCGGACCAACGUCGCCAAGAUCCUGGAAGCAACGGGCACGUCGAUCACCACCAAAGGCAGUUACUAUGCGAAUGGCAAGGAGCCCGGCCCCGGGGAGAAUCCAAAGCUAUAUAUUCUUGUGGAGGGGGAGACGGAGCUGGCGGUGACAGACGCGAUGCGUGAGUUGAUGCGCCUACUCAAGGAGGGAACCAUUGCUGCCGUGGACAGCGAUGCGCGGGCGCCGGUGGGAGGGCGAUACAAUGUUGUCUAA